AUGGCUGCUGUCAUGAACGGCCACGCAAAUGGUCACGGUGACCACGAUCAAGACGUUACCACUGCUCUCGUUCGAUUCUCACACAUUCCCGCCGCUCUUGAUGUGCCGCUCUCAAGUGGUGACGCCGAGGAGGCCGUCGAGGUCAAUCUCGAGGAUCUGAUGGACGACCCUACCGAGCUGUGUACCUUGCUGGAGAACGAGAAUGUCGCUCGCGGCUACUGGAUGACCAUCGCCCUGGCCUAUGCCAAACAGCAAAAGGUCGACCACGCCAUCGACAUUGUCACACGAGGUCUCAGUUCCCUGUCGCGCAACGCAAAGCCCGAAGACAAGCUGUCCCUGCUCUCAUGCUUGUGUUGGCUGCGCUUGUGGCAGUGCAGAGAGGCCCCUCGUCUGAAGCCUGACACCCAGCUGGCCUCUGAGGCUCGCAACAAGGAGUACUACAUCCACCAGGCUACUAGCACUCUCAACGAGGCCUCGCGCAUCAGUCCCACCUACCCACCCCUCUUCCUCGCUCGCGGUGUCCUCUACCUCCUCCGUGCUUCGCUACAGCCUUCCAAGUCGUCCUCAACCGCCCAAGAGUCCGAACGUCUUGACACCCUCCGUCAGGCCGCAAAAUGCUUCGAAGACUCUCUGCGCGCUUCCCACGGUCGCAACAUGAUGGCUGUAAUGGGCAAGGCCAGAGCUCUCUUCUCCCUCGGCAAGUACGCCGAAGCCCUCCACAACUACCAGUCCGCUCUCGAGCGCGCCCCACAACUCCAGGACCCGGAUCCGAGAAUCGGCAUAGGCUGCUGUUUCUGGCAGCUUGGUCACAAGGAUGAGGCACACAAUGCAUGGCAGCGCGCCCUUGAAGUCAACCCGACUUCCAAGAUUGCCAACAUUCUGCUCGGUCUGUACCACCUCGACCAGAGCGCAAAGUUGCCCACCACCGAUCCCGAGUUCCAGCAACACUACAAAAAGGCCAUGACCGAGUACACCCAGACUGCAUGGAAGCUCGACAACAAGUUCCCUCUGACUUGCGCUACCUUCGGCAACUACUUUAUCCUCAGAAAGGCCUGGCCCACGGUAGAGCGUCUCGCCCGUCAAGCCAUCGAGGCCACCGACGUCAACGCAAUUGCCAGUGAUGGAUGGUAUCUCAUGGCCCGCAAGGAGCACACUGAAGGAAACGUCGCCAAAGCUACAGACUACUACAACAGAGCCGACCAAGCAAGAGGUGGAGAUGAGAGAGGUUAUCUGCCUGCCAAGUUUGGUGCUGCUCAGCUCAAGAUUCUUUCAAAAGACUGGAGCGGCGCAAAGUUCCGUCUCGAGAGCAUUGUUCAGUCCACAAAGAGCGCCGAAGCUAUGACUUUGCUUGGUCUCUUGUACGCCGAAGAACUUUACGCUAACCAAAACUCUGGAUCCAAGGAAGACAAGUCAUCCGAGAUGAGAAAGGCUAUUGGUCUUCUGGAGGGUGUCCGCAACACCUGGAAGGAUCCCAAGAAGAAGGCUACUCCAGACUCUUACGUUCUUCUGAACUUGGCUAGACUCUACGAGAUCGAGAACCCCGAGCGCAGUCUUCAAUGUUUGCAGCAAGUCGAGCAGAUGGAGAUGGACGACAUUGACGAAGAAGAUCGCCCGGAGACCAAGGAUGAAGCAGAGCUCAAGGCUUCUCUUCGUGAAAUGCUUCCCCCACAAUUGCUGAACAACAUGGCUGCCUUCCACUUCCAAGCCGAGCGAUUCAGUCAAGCCAGAGACUUGUUCCAAACUGCUCUCAACGCUUGUGUCAAGGCAGGCGCAAAGGACAGCGAACUCGAUACUGACUCGCUUGUGACUUCCAUCAGUUACAACUUGGCCAGAACCUACGAGGCUGAGAACAUGCUGGAAGAGGCCAACCAGGUUUACCAAGGUCUACUCGAGCGUCACCCCGACUACACCGAUGCCAGAAUCAGACUUGCAUACAUUGCACUGCGCGAGAACCCCUCAGAAGGUGCUCAAGCUGUCAAGAAGUUGCUCGAGUCAGAACCCGGCAAUCUCGACAUCCGUGCUCUUUACGGAUACUACAUUCACAAGGCAAAGAAGCGCACCAUGAACCCUGCCGAGGAUCAAGAGCAAAGACACUACAAGCACACUCUCCAGCACCACGACAAGCACGAUAGGUACUCCCUGACUGGUAUGGGUAACCUCUUCUUGCAGGUUGCUCGUGAGAUGCGCAGAGAUACCGACCAAGACAAGGAGAAGCGUACAAAGACAUACAUCAGAGCUAUCGAAUUCUUCGACAAGGCUCUGCAACUCGACCCCCGCAACGCAUAUGCCGCCCAGGGCAUUGCCAUUGCACUGAUUGAAGACAAGAAGGACUACGGAACAGCGAUUCAGAUCUUUACUAAAGUUAGGGAAACCCUGAAAGAUGCCAGUGUCUUCAUCAAUAUGGGUCAUGCAUUCGUCGAGGUCAAGCAAUUCGCUCGCGCAAUUGAGAGUUACGAGGCUGCUCUUGCCAAGGAUCGCACACACGACCCCAGCAUUCUUGCUUGUCUUGGUCGCGUCUGGCUGAUGAAGGGUAAGCAAGAGAAGAACUUGCAGGCCAUGAAGACAGCACUCGAGUUUUCGAACCGUGCAUUGGAAUCAUCACCUGAACAACUUCACUUCAAGUUCAACGUCGCAUUUGUCCAAAUUCAGAUCGCACAGCUUAUCUACACUCAGCCCGAGGCUGCAAGAACCCUUGUCGACCUUGAGGCUGCUGCGAGUGGCUUAGAUGAAGCUAUCGAAAGUCUUAUGGCUAUUGCUCGUGCACCAAACCCACCUUUCCCCAAGAACGACAUCGAACAGCGUGCCAACAUGGGAAGAAACACAAUGCGCAAGCAGUUGGACCGUGCUUUACAAAGUCAACGCGACUUCGAGCAGAAGAAUGCAUCAAGGCUUGAACAAGCUCGCCAACAGCGUGAGGCCGAGAUCAAGAAGCGCGAAGAUGAGAAGCGAGCACUGGAAGAGGCAAAGGAAGAACGCAGAAGAAAGAUUGCCGAGGAAAGACAACGCAUGCAAGAACAAGACCGCGAAAUCGCCGAACAGAAGAUUGAGGAAGAAGCGGAGCGCAAAGCUCGUGAAGAAGCUGAAUUCACAACUGACGAAGAAACGGGUGGUCGCAAGAAGAGAGAAAAGAAGCCCAAGGGGUCAAGGAGAAAGAAGAAGGGUGGUGACAGCGACUCAGACAUUGUCAACGACGAAGAUGAGUCUGAUGCUGACGGCAACGCCGACUUUGAAGCAAGAGAAAAGCGACAAAAGUCCAAGAGACGCAGCACUUCAGCCGCUUCUGACGACGAAGACGGUGAGAAGCCCAAAAAGAAGAAACGUAGAAAGCUUGAAAGAAAGAGCAAGGUCGCCGAGCCGAAGGGCAAGUUCAAGAGCUCCGAGGUUGUGGUGGACAGUGACAGCGACGACGAUGCUGUUGUUACACAAAACGAGAAUGCAAGACUUGCCGAGAAGAUCAAUGAUGAGGACGAUGCCCAAAAGGAAGCUCGUGGAGAUGAGUCGAUGGGUGAAGGUGGAGACGAGGAGGAUACUGUUGUUGAGAGGCGGAGAAAGAAGCCUGCUCGUGUGAUCGACGACGAUGAUGAGGAUGAGGACGAAACUCCAGCCGCUGCUGGUGGAGAUGUCUCGAUGGUUGAUGAGACCGUCACAGCAGCUGGCAAUGAGAAUGCCCCCGACUCAUAG